AUGUCAAGUGUAGCAACUGCUUCGGUAAAUGCUCAUGAAGGUGGUAUUAAACCAUACUUUGAACAAAAAAUACAAGAAACUGAAUUGAAAAUUCAUGAAAAGACUGAGAAUUUACGCCGUUUAGAAGCUCAAAGAAAUGCUUUAAAUGAUAAGGUUCGUUUUAUUAAAGAUGAACUACGAUUAUUACAAGAGCCUGGUUCAUACGUCGGUGAAGUGAUAAAAGUAGUAUCUGAUAAGAGAGUUUUAGUCAAGGUUCAACCGGAAGGUAAAUACAUUGUGGAUGUUGCAAAAGAUAUUAAUGUUAAGGAUUUAAAACCAUCACAAAGGGUAUGUUUAAAGAGUGAUACUUAUAUGUUACAUAAAGUUUUGGAAAACAAAGCAGACCCGUUAGUUUCAUUGAUGAUGGUUGAAAAAGUACCAGAUUCUACUUACGAUAUGGUUGGUGGUUUAACAAAACAAAUUAAAGAGAUUAAAGAAGUUAUAGAAUUGCCUGUCAAGCAUCCAGAAUUGUUCGAAAGUUUAGGUAUUGCACAACCAAAGGGUGUUAUCUUAUAUGGUCCACCAGGUACAGGUAAGACCCUUCUAGCAAGAGCUGUUGCGCACCAUACCGAUUGUAAAUUUAUUAGAGUUAGUGGUGCUGAACUAGUCCAAAAAUAUAUCGGUGAAGGUUCCAGAAUGGUGCGUGAAUUGUUCGUAAUGGCAAGAGAACAUGCGCCAUCCAUUAUAUUCAUGGAUGAAAUCGAUUCUAUAGGUUCUAGUCGUGUUGAAGGAGGAUCCGGUGGUGGUGAUUCAGAAGUCCAAAGAACCAUGUUAGAACUAUUAAAUCAACUGGACGGUUUUGAGACGUCAAAGAACAUUAAAAUUAUUAUGGCAACAAACAGAUUAGACAUUUUAGACCCUGCUUUAUUAAGACCAGGUAGAAUAGACAGAAAAAUUGAAUUCCCACCACCAACCGUAGCAGCAAGAACAGAAAUUCUAAGAAUUCACUCCAGAAAGAUGAAUCUAACCCGUGGUAUUAAUUUAAGGAAGGUAGCAGAAAAAAUGAACGGCUGUUCAGGUGCAGAUGUAAAAGGUGUUUGUACUGAAGCCGGUAUGUAUGCAUUAAGAGAAAGAAGAAUACACGUCACACAAGAAGAUUUCGAAUUGGCGGUAAGCAAAGUAAUGAACAAGGGUAGCGAGACUGCUAUUUCAGUGGCAAAGCUGUUCAAAUAG